AAAUGUUAUUAAAUUGUUGCCAGCAGCGCUGUUACAGUCACCAACUCUCUCGAUGACAUGAAAACAGCUUAACCUGCUCUGCUAGCGCGAGUUAAAUGGUUAGAGUGAGGUGUUCUCUCAUUUAUGUCUGGAAGUAACUAGCAAGCUAGCCAACUUUAGCCAGUUAUCUUGGGUGAGGUCAGAACGCUCGGAUCAACCCGAAUCCUCGGCCAGAGCGUCAACUGUGCGCUCUGAAUUUACGAACGAACAAUCUGACAUUUCUCUAAAUUUACGAACGCACAGAGCGUCCAGAGCGAAUUUACGAACACACCCCAAGUUGAUCGCGAGGCAGCCGCAGCAGCUCGCGUAUCCAUGGCUACCCGGAUGGUGCAACUCGCUCAGCCCAAACCCAGCCUGCUCCGAUUCCCUGACCGACGGUCAGUCUACUGGCUAGAUGAACUCCCACCUGAAAGAAAUGGCUCCACCACCACGUUUGAGUUGACGCCCCACUGGUCCCAGCUGUGUGGCAGGAAGCGGCUUAAUUCUGGGUUCGAACAGAGCAGGUUAUCUCCCCAAUGGGAGGUCAGUGUAGCAGCUUUGAGUGCCUAUCCAUCCAAUAGAGUGUGUUCUCUGGCUUUGCCCCGCCUCCCUACCAUAGGCUGGGAACCUGACCGCCCCCUACUGGCCUCUCUGAGCAGAGUGGUGCAGACUGCAGUAGCCAGUCCUAGGGUCUGCCAGUUGGCCUGUCCCAAGCGGAGGCAGGGUCUCUAUUCACCCCAUUCGUCCAAGACCUCACUGGCACCCCCCCACCCAGCUGCAACCUCCUCCCGACUACAGCUCCUCGCCCUCCCUAAGUCUGACCACCCCCAGUAUGCCCAGGACCGUCCAGUCAUCUGGCCAGUGCCUGGGCCAGUGAGGAAGGCAGUAGCCAGUGAGAGGGUGCAGGUCCUUUCACGGCCCAACCAGCGGAAGGCGCUGUUCCAAGGCUACAACCCGUACACGGUUACCGUAGCUGCACGCUCCGCUAGCGCCUCGCCGCGCCUACAGGAGCUUUGUCUGCCCUUGCCGCGGAAAUGCAAGGGCAAAUAGACGAAUGCAUCUCAUCUCACACCUCUACAGUACCUCCAGCCGCCUCUUCUUCAGAUACUCUGUCUCCUGUACAGCAUGUCCCUGAUCACCACUGCUCCAUAAUAAAGACCCUCUAUGAUCUCA